CUCUUCAUACAAUUGUCUGUAGUUUUCACUGUGUUGUUGAAACUCCGAAAUGGCUCUCAAGGCUGAUCUUUGCAGUGUCAUGCAUGCUAAGAUGCUCCCUGGGAAGUGUUUAAGGUUCAAUCACUCUGGUUCACGGAUUUUCAGUAAUCUGAGCUUCAGAAACAAGGCGCCGACAUCCCUGCCGUGUUUAUCUUUGAGAAAUGAUAAACAGCAUUCCAAGUAUAAUCACAAGGUUCUCUACAUGUCUGCACGCCAAGCUACAAAAUUGAAUGCUGCAGUCAUCCCUCUGGAAGCUGGGGAGACUAGAGAAAUACCUUCGAGAGCUGACACGAUUUACCAAACAACAGUUGUAUCAGUGGAGACUCUUGUUGGCCCCAAAGGCGGCCUGGGAGAGGUCUGCCAUAUUGUGCUUGAUCACGGUGGUAGUUUUAGUUUCGUGGAAGGGCCAGUAUCUUGAAGUACAUUUUCAGUCGAUCAAACGUGAUUUCUCGAUUGCAUCAUGUAGAGAUGGAGAUGUUUUUGAUGGCAAGACACUUAGUUUAUGUGUCCGUCGUGCGGAACUUUUCGCAGACAGUGUCAGUAACUAUCUCUGUAACGUUAAAGCUGGAGAUGUAGUUGAAAUUUCAGGCCCUUUAGGAGGAAAAAUGGUAUUCGUAGAAGAUCCAGAAGCCAAACAUGUCAUGGUUGCAACGACAACUGGAAUUGCUUCUUUCCGCAGUAACCUACAACGAUUAUUUGUAGAUCCAAAAUCAACCGAAACAUUUAAUGGACUGGCCUGGUUGAUCCCUGGGGCUGACAAUUAUAAUAGCCUCCUUUACAACGGGGAGUUCACUGAAAUCCUAGAUAAGAACCCUGACCACUUUAGGUACGAGAGGGCCUUGCAUAACUCUGUAGCCGACCGCAUCUACGAGAACGGUGAUGAAAUUUUCACACUUUUGGAUGGUAGUGCAUACAUAUAUUUCUCUGGAUCAAAGACAAUGAUGCCUGGAAUUCUGGAGACAUUUCAGAAGAUUGCUAAUGAAAGAGGUGUGGAUUGGCCAAAGAUGCUAGCCGAGCUGAAGAAAACUAAUCACUGGCGUGUUGAAGUUUACUAA